UUGGGGAGAUUUCUCGCUCUCUCAGGAAGAACCCAGGCACAGAUUCCGCUGGUAACCUAGUGAGUCUGACGGACCCCAAGUUGAGAAGAUGGCUGAUCCUUGGCAGGAAUGCAUGGAUUAUGCAGUAACCCUAGCAAGAGAAGCUGGAGAGGUGGUUCGUGAAGCUAUAAAAAGUGAAAUGAAUGUCAUGAUUAAAAGUUCUCCAGCUGAUUUGGUAACUGCUACUGACCAAAAAAUUGAAAAAAUGCUUAUAUCUUCCAUAAAGGAAAAGUAUCCAUCUCACAGUUUCAUUGGUGAGGAAUCUGUGGCAGCUGGGGAAAAAAGUGUCUUAACUGACAGCCCUACAUGGAUCAUUGACCCUAUUGAUGGAACAACGAAUUUUGUACAUAGGUUUCCUUUUGUAGCUGUUUCGAUUGGCUUUACUGUAAAUAAAAAGAUGGAAUUUGGAGUUGUAUACAGUUGCCUGGAGGAUAAGAUGUAUACUGGCAGGAAAGGAAAGGGAGCCUUUUGUAAUGGUCAAAAACUACAGGUUUCACAACAGGAAGAUAUUACCAAAUCACUUUUGGUGACAGAGUUUGGCUCUUCCAGAACACCAGAGACUGUAAGAAUUGUUCUUUCUAAUCUGGAAAAGCUUUUGUGCAUUCCUAUUCAUGGGAUCCGAGGUGUUGGGACAGCAGCUGUUAAUAUGUGCCUUGUGGCAACUGGAGUUGCAGAUGCAUAUUAUGAAAUGGGAAUUCACUGCUGGGAUAUGGCAGGAGCUGGCAUUAUUGUUACUGAAGCUGGUGGAGUACUAAUGGAUGUGACAGGUGGGCCAUUUGACUUGAUGUCACGAAGAAUAAUUGCUGCAAAUAGUAAAACAUUAGCAGAAAGGAUAGCCAAAGAAAUUCAGGUGAUACCACUUCAAAGAGACGAUGAAGAGUAAUUGCAACAGCCCCACAUAUUCAAUCACAGCUGCAUUUCCCCAUAUUUGCUGACACACUGAUGGUGUUAUAAAAUUUAGGACAUUUAUUUCAGAUGUAUAAUAUGGUUGGUUUAAAUUGUCUUUGAUAUCCAGAUUAAAAAAUUACAGUGUUGUAUAUUUUACUAAGGGUAUGAAAGAAGAGCUGAAAUAUUUCAUUGUUUUAAAAAUUCUGCGUGUAAGAGUAUACUUUGGGGAAAAAUACACAGGUAGUUGAGACAAGGUAUCAAUCACAUCAACUGAAAUAGCAGUUUCUAAGUGUAUACGAGCCUCUGAAAUUUUGACUGUACAUUAAGCAUUCUUAAUUAGGUAACUUUUUGGAAAAAAUUUUCUUUAGUUCCCAAAGCCAUAUUUAAUUAAAUUUGUAAGUAUAUAAUGGGUACUUCCUAGACCAAGGUUUUUUUCUUUUCAGAGAACCUAGUUUUAUUCUACACAUAGCAUCUGUCAAAUAUGGGCAAUUCAAAAACAAGCAUUGAGAGAAUAAAUAUUUUGGAGGUAGCAAUUCCUAGUUAUAACAUAUAUAAAGUAAUGAGCUCACCACCCUUUAUUUUUACUUUAGGUUUUGAAGUAAAAAUGAUCUCAUCAUCGUUUUCAUAUUUUACAUUAUCAUUCCUUUUAACAUUUCACAUUGCCACACCAUUUCAAUUACCGUAUUGCCAGAUAACAUUUCUAAUUGUGGGCAUUUCGCAGUUAAUAUAUUUUCCAAGACCCUGCAUUACAGUAUUUGUUUGGAUUCUCUUAAAGACCCUAUGUAAAAAAGCUGUUUCAAAAAAGCAUUCUCAUCAGGUAUCUACUUUUCUACUAUAAUUAGGUACACUAUAAAAUUGUACUAAAUUCAAUAUUCAUGUUUUAAAGAUCUUCAUAUUAACCUGGUUGUGCACAGGAAACCUAGAACCUGGCAGAUAUACUGUACUGUUAAUACUAAACUAUGUUUUUUCCCCCAAACUCCUUAAUUUCUUUGCCACCAGUACUCAGUCUUAAAAUAUUCCUUAAUAGUCUUUGGCUUAUGAAACUCAAAGAAAACUGUUCUAGUUCAUAGAUAUUUUAAAAGGUUAAUUGACUGCUUCGCCUUGUCCCUGGGCACUUGAACAGAGUAUUAAGUUUUGUUAUGGUCUCAUGUGAGCCUUAUAUUUGAUAGAAUGAAAAGUGCAUCUAUAAAGUAGGAGGUUAUUUUAUUGUGCACAUCUAAUAUAUUUAAAAAUAUACUAAGAUUUGAGUAUUGUAUUUGUACAGUUGGUCAUGUGCAGUAAAAAUAACUUGUACUAUAUUCCUCUAUGGUUAAUUUUUCAAUUAAAAUUUAUUUUAAUUAAGACUAAUGAAUAAAAUUUUAAAUAAGUA